AUGGCCGCCGGCGUAUGGUUUCGGAAAUGCCUGCGCCUUCACGACAACGAGCCGUUGGUGAAGGCCGUGGCCAGUGGAUUGGAUGUGGUUCCGUUUUUCAUCCUCGACCCGCACUUCGACAAGAGCCGUGUCGGGGUCAAUAGGUUCAGCUUUCUUUUGCAGAGCUUGAAGGACCUCGACGGGCAGCUUCGCAGACGCGGCAGCCGUCUACUUGUAUUCCGAGGCCAGCCAGAACAAGUGCUCGUGGAGCUCUUCGGCGGGAAGGCUCCCGUCCACCUGUCGGCCAUCUUCUGGGAGGCAGAUACAGAGCCGUAUGCGCGUGCUCGCGAUGAGCGUGUGCUUGCCAUGGCGAAGGAGGGAGGAGUGCACGCAGAAAAGCUUUCUGGGCACACACUGUUGGACAUCGAUGCUACAGUCGCGAAGCCGGGCUUUAAGCCUCCGAUUUCCAUGAAGAGCAUUCAGACGAUUGUGAAUGCGGUGGGACCCUUCCGCCAACCCUUUGACGUGCCGAAAAUUCCACCUCUGAGAAUCGAAGGACACAACGUACCGGAUAUCUCCGAACUGUAUGAUGAAGAGCCAAGCAGCCACGGAUUUCCAGGUGGCGAGACCGAGGCCCUGGCCAGGCUUCAGCGUACCUGCUCAGAUGUGCAAUAUGUUUGCUGCUUCGAGAAGCCGAAGACAGCCUCUACCGGCCGACCGGCUUGUCCUUGGGAGCCCUCCACCACAGGUCUCUCGCCCUACUUGAAGUUCGGUUGCCUCUCGGUGCGGACGGCCUGGUAUGCCAUCGACCGCUGCAUUCGUGGCAAGAGCCACUCUCAGCCCCCGCAGUCUUUGCACGGCCAGCUGCUUUUCCGCGAGAUGUUCUACUUGCUUGGUGCAGCUGUGCCAAACUUCGAUCGCAAUGAGGGGAAUUCCAUGUGCAAAACGAUUCCUUGGGGCUGCGAUGAAAGUCUUCUUGCUGCAUGGGAGGCCGGCAAGACAGGAUACCCAUUCAUCGAUGCUUUGAUGCGACAGCUCAAACAAACAGGCUUUAUGCAUCAUCUGGGACGCCAUGCCGUAGCCUGCUUCUUAACACGAGGAGACCUCUGGCAGAAUUGGACAGCUGGCCGCGAUGUAUUCGACAGGCUUCUGCUGGACGCAGACUGGGCUGUCAAUAACGGCAACUGGCUUUGGCUGGCAGGUGUUGCGCCGUUCUCGGCGCCUUACUUCCGAAUCUACGAUCCUUGUCCGGGCCCGAAAUCAAGCUUGAAUGCUGACCAGACUGGAGAGUUCGUGAAGCAUUACGUGCCAGAGCUCAGGAACAUGCCGGCCAAGUACUUGUACAAACCGUGGACUGCACCGGUGGCAGAACAAAAGAAAGCUGGCUGCAUCAUUGGAGAGGACUACCCGAAGCCCAUUGUUGAUCACCAGCGAGCCCGGGAGGAGAAUUUGGCCAAGUUCAAGGCAGCACUGGAUGCAAAGGGCGGGGAACUACCGGCCAAGUUUGGUGGCGCAAAGGGCCGCUCAAUUGCUCAA